GUUGCCUCCGCGGAGGAGGGGAGGAGGACCAGGGCAUGGCGGCGGACGAGGGGGCGAAGGGGUGGUCUGGACGGAGGUGGCGGUGCGGGGGGGAGGCGUGUCCGCGGAAGGGCGGCGAUGGCGGUGGGGUGACUCUGCAGGGAUAUGUCGUGGACACGGCGAGCGGCGGGGAGAGGUGGCCGGGCGGGAUAGCGGAGACGAGGAGCCUGACGGAGGAGGACCUGGAAGAGCUCAAGGGUUGCCUCGACCUAGGGUUCGGGUUCAACUACGAGGGGAUCCCAGAGCUCCGCAACACGCUCCCGGCGCUGGAGCUCUGCUACUCCAUGAGCCAGAUGUUCCACCUGAACGAUCAGCGCCAACCGAUGCCUCCUGAAGAUUCACCUCCCAUCGCCAAUUGGAAGAUCUCCAGUCCUGGAGAUGAUCCAGAUGAAGUUAAAGCAAGGCUCAAGUAUUGGGCCCAGGCAGUAGCAUGUACUCUCCGAUUAUGCAGCUGAAAGAGUUCGCAUUUCCUUUAGGAGUUAGUCUGCUGAGAGGAACAGAUGGAAAAUGAAGGCAUAUGACAAAAAGAACAGAGAGGAAGUAAAGAGAAGGACCAAUUUAUCAUGACUGACCUGCCGACAUGUAAAGAAGAGAACUUCCUCUUUUCAUGUAUGAUACAGGAUGAAUAAUAUGAUUCUUCUUGGUUUCGAAA